ACAUUAAAAGGGAAGAGGAGAAAGCAAAGUGGUGAAAGAGAUGGAGAGAGGAAGCCAAAACGGUGCGUAUGAUGUAAGAGUUAUGACGGAGGAGCAAAUGGAGCUUCUCCGUAAACAGAUCGCCGUUUACGCCGUUAUUUGUGACCAGCUCGUUUCCCUCCACAAUUCCCUCUCUUCUUUUUCAUCAGGAACAAAUUCAAUGAGCGGUGGAUACUUUGAUCCGAUGAGGGCAUCAUCAAGCGCUCAUAAGAUAUCAAGUCGGCAUCGAUGGACUCCGACAUCGACGCAGCUUCAGAUUCUUGAGAGCAUUUACGAGGAAGGAAGCGGAACACCCAAUCGGCGGAGGAUUAGAGAGAUCGCUACCGAUUUGUCUGAACACGGACAGAUCUCGGAGACAAAUGUUUACAAUUGGUUUCAGAAUCGGCGGGCUCGGUCCAAACGAAAGCAACCUCAGACGACGACUACGACUGAUGUGGCCGAAGAUGCGGCGGUGACGACGGAGGAGAGGACGCUUUGUGGAGAUUCUGGAGGAUUUGAGUCUUAUAAGCAUAUACUCUUCCCGAGUCCUGAUUUAGGGAUUGAGCAUUUGCUGAGUAAAGGAGAGAUUUCUGGAGAGCAAAAUUCGUAUAUAUGAUGAUCUUUAGCAUAAAAAACUAUGAAGAUCUCUAAUCUCAUUUCUUAUUUUCUCUGCUCUCUUUUUCCAUUUAAACUAAGCAAUAUUUAGUUGACUCGAUUAAAAAGACGUUAUUGUGUAUGUGUGUGACUUUAACAAGUCUUUUAAUUG